GCCAUCAAAGGCACACUAAGGAUAGCCCGUCUGUGAAGAAACUUUCCCCCUGCAUAACACAAUGUCGGACACGGACGAAGAACCGUUCGGCGUCAUGGAGGAUGUGCACCCGGAUAAGGAGCUGCUUAGGCAGAUCCUGCCCCGGCGACCCGAGGGCGCCAUCGCUGCGCUCAGAUCGCACAUGGACGAAGACGACGAGCUAGUCCUGCGCAGUGGCACCACCGGCAGAGCCAUGGCCACGACGGCCCCUUACCAGGCGUCCGGUAGCGCAGCGCAAGGAAUCGAGAAGCUGUCGCAAGCCAUGCUCGACGACCGCCAACAGGCGCGCCAGCAGCAGAGCCGGCAGGGGGCCCCUCCUCCUCCUCCUCACGCGGGGGCGGCGUACCAGGGCACGAGCGGCGGCAGCAGCGUCAUCAGGCAGGAAGGUGUGAGAAGUCGGUCGACAAUAUGGUCUCGAGCCGCGGGCACUGCCAGCAACAGCCCCACCCAAGCCCGUCAUCGCCAGGAAGCCGCCAUCAACGAGCGAGGCCUACCGCCCCUUUUCCCCAGCGGACCAAUCCACAGAGAGCCUGCUGCAAAACUGUCGAGGCAGGUGGUUCAGAAAUCCGACGGUACCAUCAUCGUGCCGCACAGGAACUCGUCCUCGCGCCUCCAUCCCCAGAUCGAGAGGUCGACAAGCCCGGGCGCUCGAAAGUUGAAACCGAGAGACGACACGGGUGGCGGCCCAUGGGAAGAGCCGCCGACGAGGGCGGAGAUCGAGGCAGCCAAGAAGAUACUGCAGCGUCUCGUCAUGAACGGAGGCGGCACCGAUGGCACCGUGGCUCGGGGAGCGUCGAGGCAGCCACACUCGCGAGGCCAUGAGCAGGAGGCUGCGAGACAAGAUGCACUCCCCCGCACUACCGCCACGCCUCCGCCAGUCCAGCGGCAGCGACGUGUAAUCAAGGGCGAUAGUGAUGACGACGACGAGAGCGAUGGAAACCAAGAGAAGGUUAGCGGAAGUUACCGUGUCAUAUACAUGGAUGAGAACUACCAUGCUAGGUACUCCGAGAACCUUGAUGUGGCAACAGCAGGCCAUCAACUCGCUCACCGCAUCAUCGAUGGCGAAGACAUCGAGGAGGAGGACAUGCUGGCUUCCGAGCAUCAAAGUGUAGCGUCAGGAGCUUCGCAGGCAAGCCAAGAUAUGGGGGGUUCGAGGUGCGAGCCACGGACUCGGACUCCGGUGCUGGACCAUCUGCGACUGUACUCGGACGCCGCGCCAGUUCCUCCGAUUCUGGAUGUCCGGCCUGUCUCUUCGCACGAUUUCAAGAGCUUCGACAGCGACAGCGUCGACGAUGACGAGGUCUCAAGGGCGGACCACCAUCAUCAUAACGACCACCACGACGAUCACGGCCCUGCACACUACGCAUUGAGCGGGCACCGGCGCGGGUCUUCCGACGACUAUGGUGUCCCGUCAAUCACUCAGCACCAGCCCGCGUCGGCAAGUGGAGACCACGAGUCUCUCGACUACCAUCGGCUUUCCUCGUCUCGACAAGAUGUCGACCUGCACAAAAACGUCAGUCGGGAACCCCCAGGCCUGACCUCGAUCCGAUCCGGCGUUUCCGAGAGCAGGCGGACCGACAUGCCUGUGGUGACGAGAGGCUCUCGGAUGCCUGACUUUUUCGGGCCCAGCCUCUUUCAAGUCGUUCUUAACAGCCCGACAACAGCGCACCAGCUACAAAUGUACUGUGAGAGCCGGUUUUGUGGCGAGAAUAUGGAGUUUUUGCAGCACAUCGACCUCUACCACUACAAUCUCAACAAGAUUAUCAAUACGAUGACAACCAUCCACGAGUCCUACAUAUCGGAUAACUCGCUGAAGCAGGUCAACCUGCAGAGCUCCGUCAUCAAACAGCUACACAGGGACAUGAGCUCGAUGGUGUCCACGACGCUGCCCUCGAUGGAGUCGCUCUUCGCGAACGCCCAAGAAAGUGUCCGGAAUCUCAUCUACUCGGACGUGUACCCUAGCUUCGUGCGCCACCAGCUCGCCCUCAGCGCCAGUCGCGCCCUGGCAGAGGAUAAGUCCAGGUACCAGGGCCUGGGCGACUGCUUCUGUCUAACUGACCCGGGAAAACCACAGAAUCCCAUUCUCUGGGCUUCCGAGGGCUUCGUCGCCGUUACAGGAUACACACGGACAGACAUCAUUCCACGCAACUGCCGCUUCCUGCAGGGCGCCCAGACCGACCCUGAAGCCAUCAAACGACUCAGCAUGGCCAUACAUGAGCGCAAGGAGACGGUGGAGCUACUGUUGAACUACAAGAAGAACAAGGAGCCUUUCUGGAACCUGCUGUACUGCGCCCCCCUCUAUGACGAAGCUGGCGAGCUGGCCUUCUUCAUUGGUGGCCAGGUCAACUGUUCGACCACAAUCCACAGCAGCGCCGACGUCAUACGCGUUCUUUCCAUGUCUGCUGAAGGCGACUACGUCAAGGAGAUGAAGGAGAAAGAGAGACAAGAGCAAGAGCGAGCUCGCGCCCUGGCGAAGAUGGCAGGGGUUGAAGAGAAGGAUAUGGCCACAAACGGCACCGCUCGCAAAACCAGGGGCGGGUCGGCGCGGCGCGCGCUGCUGAGGGCCCUGGGCGUGCGCCUUGGCAGCGGCAGUGGUCGCAGAGCUCCGGUCGAGGAAAGCAAUGCGCUUCCCGCCGUCGAGACCACAGAGGCCGGCAUGGAGCAGCAGGUGCUGGAGCGCAUGGAGGGCCAGGAGUUGGAUGCGCAGAAGAAGGAGUUCUAUACUGCCUACUCCAAGUACCUUGUCAUCGACAAGGACUUCGUCAUCCGAUUCUACUCUGCUGGCAUCACGGAAAUGUUGUGCUUAGCCAACAAUAGGACCGGCUCAAUCGCCGGGACAGACGUAUUCACAUUCCUCCAAAACAACGACCUGCCUCGUCGAGCGGAGCCAGAGCAGCACCAGCACCCGCGAGGCAACGCGGCCGUCGGCGACGCUGCCCCCGAAUACAAGGGCAAGGUUCGCGCGGCGCUCAUUGGGCAAGGAAACCCCAUUAGCAUCGAGUUGCGUCUGCAAACGCGGCGCAGCGCGGCGUUCCGCGGCUACGAGAGAUUCGCGACCCACUGGACACCGCUGAAGGACGACGCUGGCAAGGUCGGCUGGGUGGUGCUGACACUGGGAAAUGUGAUGAUGUGAGGAGGGAGGCGAGCAGUUCUUUUAUGUCAGCAGUAGGGAUAUUUCAGGUCGGUCCCAGCCGUAGACUGGCCGUGCAGUAGUUUUAGGUCCUCGUGGGAUGGGUUUUGAUCGAGACUUGUAGAGUAGAACAGAACAGGCGGUUUAAUUUCACUCAGCCACGAAGGAGACUGUUCAGCCGACAUCGGAACAGCACCCUUAGCUCGUCUGCGC